AAUAAGUUCACCAAUUUCAUGCUAACCCAUAAGUUAAUCCCGUUAGAUUUUGUUUGAACCUGUGAUGCAUAGACCUGUUAGGCCCAAGUCAGCGAAAGGUAAAACACGACCGACAAGAUUUUCAACAACAAGAAGUAAUGAAGCAAGUACAAGCACUAACAUAUCGAGGACACAACGAACCAAUCAACACCAUGUUCCCAAUGCAACUGAAACACAUGAUAGGAACAGCAUAAUAACAAAAAGAAUAAGCAAUGCUGAGAAAUUGACACCGUCCCCUCAAUUCCCGGACAUUACACGCCCCCCUUCAUCACUUUCAAAAUACCGGAUCCUGCCGGGGAUUACCCCAACCCCCCCUGUAGAUAGGGGUGAGGGGAAUUCCCCCCAAGACAAUGAUGUCGAUUGGUUAACAGAGCAAGCACAGCAACUUCUGCUCGACAGCGCACUGCAGAGACAGGCGAAUCCGAAAUCGCCGCUCACAACAACGAAACGUGCUGCAGUCGUGAACACAAGUGUCGACAAUAAAAGGAAAAAGGUUUAUCCAACGCAAUCCGUGUUCUCUCAUUCGAGUAAACAAGUUGUAAAACGUCCUCCAAAACCAAAACCUCCUAAAGAACCAUCCGCAAAUGAAGAUCGUUUACUUCUUGCUCUAAAACUUCCCGAUGGCACACGUGUGCAAAGGUACUUCCGCCCAUCUAACAACAUCCAUGAAGUGUUGGCUUAUGCACAAAUCCAAUAUCCUGUGCUACAAAUGUCAGUGUGUGAUAUAUGUAGAAUGGACAGUAUACCGAAAAAGAUCAUAACACAAUAUUCAAAAUCACUACAUGAACUUGGGAUUCAAAAUAGAACUGUUUUGUAUAUAGAAGAGAAAGAAGAUUAUUAAAGUAUUCAAUUAGUUGGUUGCUUUUAGUUUAAGCAAGUAUGCCAGUGCUUUUUAGAUUAUACACCACUGUGCUUUAAGUUUUAUAAUAAAAACUAUAUUUUAAUAUUAUA